AUGCAGCUGAUGCACCAGCAACAAUGUGGUGUUACUGUGAUGUCCAUUUGGUAUAAAGGGGCUGAAGAAAAGUUUGCCAGCAAAGACGUGUCCAAGAGUGAAGAGGCCAGGCUCACAUGUCAGACACUGGUUGCAGAUACACUUUCUCAUCAUCCUGUUGGCAGCUGCAACACCUACAACAGCUACAACACCUACAACAGCUGCAACACCUACAACACCUACAACAACUGCAAGAACUACAACACCUAUAACAACUACAACACAUACAACAACUGCAACACCUACAACAACUGCAACAACUACAAAACCUACAACAACUGCAACAACUACAACACCUGCAACAAAUGCAACAACUACAAGACCUGCAACAUAUGCAACACCUACAACUGCAACAACUACAACACCUACAACAAAUCCAACAACUACAAGACCUGCAACACCUGCAACAACUGCAACAAAUGCAACAUCUGCAACACCUAUAACACCCGCAACAAAUGCAACAACUACAAAACCUACAACAACUGCAACAACUACAACAAAUGCAACAAAUGCAACAAAUGCAACAACUGCAACACCUGCACAGACCUCAGUAAAGAGUGUGAGGCUGCAUAUGUGGAAUAUAAAUACAACACAACCAACUGUGGUGCAGCUGAAAGCAGUGAGAGCCGAGCCAAUGGGUUGCUUGAGCAGACCAGUGAUGUGUCCAAACUGAACUCCAGUCAGGUGGAUCAGUUGGUAUCUCAGCUGCAGGAUCUUUUGUCUGGCCCCAAUGUCAGCCUGGCUCUGGGAAACACCUCCGUGCAUAUCAUCAGCAAUCUGCUGGGUGCUUCACCUGAAACGCUGGCUGCCUCCUCAAACAGGAUCAUAGGGAUUGUUGAUACAGUGGGACUAAAGCUGCUCCUUAAAGAAUCGACUGAGACUCUCUUGUCGCCGGCUGUGGCUCUUUCUGUGAAACCAGCAGAUGGCAGUAAUUUUCAGGAAACAUUUUUUUCCAUCUCAGACCCCACUACCGUACAGGUCCGUGGGGAUCCCAGGCUCAGGAGGAGUGUGGGAAAAGACUCCUCGAUCCCACAGGGCUCCAUCAAGCUGCCCCCCUCUCUCACAGAUGACCUAACCUCUGGGGAGCAGCAGCUGGCCUCCAGAGUCCAGUUCAGUUUCUACCAGAAAAGCACAGUGUUCCAGGACAGAUCUCUGGGAAGUCGCAAACUUAAUAGUGGUAUCCUGGGAGCGAGUGUGGCCAACCUGUCAAUCUCAGGACUGCAGGACGAUGUAAUAAUUCACCUGAGGAACAAAGAGCCUGUUCCAGCUGAUUUUAAAGCUACGUGUGUUUUCUGGGACUUUACAUUUAAUAAUGGAUUAGGUGGUUGGAAUGGAAAUGGCUGUUCUGUCCAAAACCACACAGAUAAUGAGACCAUUUGUGGCUGCAACCAUCUUACCAGUUUUGCUAUCCUGCUGGAUAUCUCCGGACAGCCCCCGACCAGUCGUCUCCAGGCCACCAUCCUUACUUUCAUCACAUACAUCGGCUGUGGAAUUUCUGCUAUCUUCCUGUCCAUCACCCUCCUCACCUACUUGGCCUUCGGGAAGUUGCGUAAGGACAUUCCAUCCAAAAUCCUGAUCCAGUUGUGCCUGGCUCUGCUGAUGCUGAACCUGGUCUUCCUGGUAGACGCGUGGCUAGCACUCUAUCCUGAAGCUGUGGGCCUCUGCAUCUCCACUGCCUGGUUCCUUCACUACUUCCUUUUGGUUUCCUUCACCUGGAUGGGACUUGAGGCCAUCCACAUGUACCUGGCCCUCGUGAAGGUCUUCAACAGCUACAUAUCACGCUACAUGCUGAAGUUCUCGCUGGUUGGCUGGGGCAUCCCAAUGAUCGUGGUCAUUAUCGUCAUAGCGAUCGACAAGAAUAACUAUGGCCUUGUCUCCUAUGGAAAGUUUGAAGAUGGCACUUCCGAUACUUUCUGCUGGCUGAAAAAUGACACUGCCUUCUAUGUAGCAGUGGUGGCAUAUUUCUGUGUCAUUUUUCUGUUCAACUUCAUCAUGUUCAUUGUGGUGUUGGUCCAGCUGUGUCGGCUAAAGAGGCAGAACCCUCACAAUGUGCAGCACCGCACCACCCUGCAGGAUGUGCGCAGUGUGGCGGGGAUAACUAUCCUCCUGGGCCUCACCUGGGGUUUCGCCUUUUUUGCCUGGGGGCCCCUUAACCUGCCAUUCAUGUACCUCUUCUCCAUCUUUAACUCCUUGCAAGGUUUCUUCAUAUUCCUGUUACACUGUGCGGUGAAGGAAAACGUGCGGAGGCAGUGGAGGACCUACCUGUGCUGUGGCAGAAUGAGACUAGCAGAGAACUCAGAGUGGAGUCGCACUGCAACACAAAAGACAGCGAAGAAGUUAUCAGCGACCAGACUAACACCGCUUCAUUCGUCAAAGUCCUCCCAGUCCAACAACUCAACCAGCUCUACUUCCUACCUUGUCAGUGACUCUUCAGAGCAGUUAAAUGGCGUUGGUAGCCCAUUUGACGAAAGAGCCAUCACUGCUGAUGAAGACCAUAAUAGGGACGUGAUCCUCAACGAGAUCAACAGGCAGCACAGAAACCAACAAGUGCCCUGA